UUAACAGUGACUGGACGCGAAUAAUAGUCAGCAGACCCAACAAAAAUAGCAGUCGUGCUUCGGUCGUUUUCAGUCGUUCGUCAGUUUUGGCUCGCUUGUUAGAUGAACAGUCCGUACAAAAAAAUCGCUAUGUUGCGUCGGUGUUUCUCGAGAACAUUACUUGUACGGUCAUCUUCAUUUUCGUGUUUGGAAGCAGCCCGUUUCUCCACUCGACCCCUCGCGGUUUUCAUUCAGAAGAAUGUGGUGAGGUUCCAAUUUCCACCGCUCAGUAGCCACUUGACUGUGAGUGUGGUGAGCGCGAGGCGAAAUUUCUCUUCCAACCCUCUGAUCUCGGAAAACAUUGUCAGAUCCCCUCUUCCAGAUCUUGUGGUUUCAGCCGAUGCACCCUUCCACGAAUUUUAUUACCAAAGAUGUGACGAAUUCGGAGAUCGUAUCGCAUUUGAAGAAUUUCACACAAGAAGGAGUAUCACCUACAAUGCUCUCAAGCAGAGAUCAGAGAGUGUGGCCAAUUCCCUCCACGGGCUAGGCUUCAGGAGGAAUGACGUAGCCCUGGUGUUUGCAACCAACAACCUUGAUCUCGCUGUGCUUGCUUUGGCCUGCUCCCGCCUUGGGGUUACUUUCUCUCCAAUUAACAGUGCAUCAACGAGUGGUGAUAUUUGUCGGUAUUGUAGCAAUACUCAACCCAGGGCUGUUUUUUGCACUGAAGACUUGGUGUCGAUCGUGAAGGCUAUUGAAGGUGACCCCAGCUUGUCACACAAACCAGAGCACCUGAUUGUCUUUGGUGAACAUCCGGAUUUUGUGUCUUUCGAAUCUCUCACACAAGACGAUGGACCGACCUUGGCUGACACCUCUGUAGACGCACAGAAAGAUAUCCUUUUUUUGCCUUACUCCAGUGGGACCAGUGGCUUCCCAAAGGGUGUCAUGCAUUCUCACGUAACUGCAGCCAGCAGUGUCCUGCAGUUUCAAUCACCAUGGCACCUCUAGUUCCACCCCUUGUAUUGUUCUUGGCAAAGCAUCCUGCAGCAGCUGGCUAUGACCUUUCAUCGGUCAAACGCAUUAUGUCUGGUGCUGCCCCACUUGGACAUGAGUUAAUACAAACGUUUUCCAGCAAAUAUCCUCACAUUACAUUCAUACAAGGUUAUGGAAUGACUGAAGUGGUUGCAGCCUCCAUCACCCAGAAUGCUAUAGAUGAUUCCGUUGGAUGUCCAGUUCCCAGUGCAAUAAUCAAAGUAUCUGACCCAGGGACGAAUGAAGCCCAGGGAGCCAAUCAGGAGGGAGAGGUUUGUGUGAAGGGGCCACAGGUCAUGCUGGGCUAUCACAACAAUCCAAAGGCUACAGAAGAGGCAAUGGACGCUGAGGGCUGGAUGCAUACCGGUGGCACCAGCUGUUCUGGAAGACCUCUUGGUUAGUCACCCUCUUGUGGCUGAUGCAGCAGUGAUUGGCAUACCUGAUGAGCGAGCAGGGGAGGUACCAAUGGCAUUUGUGGUCAAAAAGGAAGGAGUGGACCUCUCUGAACAGCAGAUUGAAGACUAUGUGAAAGAACAUGCGUCUAAGGAAAAAUGGCUGCGCGGAGGAGUUGUCUUUGUUGAUCAGAUUCCGAAAAGUGCCAGUGGGAAAAUUCUCAAACGCGUUCUCAAAGAGUCUCUGGGCUGAACAUUCUGAAGACAACAUGGACACCAUCAUUGUACUGAGAAGCAGGGGUUUCCAGGAUUAGUAGUUAUUUUCCAAGCAUCUAACAAGUUGAAAUAUGCUCAAGAAGAUUAUACGGCACCCCCUCCUCCACCC